AUGAAGAGCGCGAAAACAGAGAAAAAAGGGACAAUUUUGAUGCAUAAAUAUGAGAUUGGUAAAUUGUUAGGCCAAGGUACAUUUGCCAAAGUUUAUCAUGCAAGGAACCUAAAAACAGGACAAUAUGUAGCUGUUAAGGUAAUUGACAAAGAAAAAGUCCUGAAAGUUGGCCUAAUUGACCAAAUCAAACGUGAAAUUAGAGGUGGUGAAUUAUUCAAUAAGGUUGCUAAAGGGAGGCUUAGGGAAUCAGCAGCGGGAAAGUACUUUCAACAAUUAAUCGCGUCAACAUAUGUCGCGCCAGAGCUGGUUAUCUUCCAUUCCAUGACACAAAAAGACGGGACGGUGAAAAUGCAAGGAAGCAAAGAAGGGAGAAAAGGGCAAUUAGCAAUUGAUGCAGAGAUAUUUGAGAUUACUCCAGCUUUCCAUGUUGCACAAGUGACAAAAAAAUCAGGAGACACUGCAGAAUACAGGAACUUUUGUGAUCAAGGAUUAAAGCCUUCAUUAAAAGAUAUAGUUUGGACAUGGCAGGGCAAUGAGCAACAACAAGCGGAAAAUCAAGAAAUCAAGACUUAA